CCCGCAACCAGUCAACAGCAAUCAUCGUGUCUCACAGUUACACUGGCGUUCAUUGUCAUUAUCGAUGACACUGAAUGCCCUAAUUCGGCCGUGCGUCUAUGGUCAUGGUGAUGGCACUUUCGAGAGAAUUGGUGCAGCCAGCGGUCCUAAAGCCAGCCAUUUUGAACAGGCACUUGUCAGUGAGUCGUGCACAAUGAUCUGUGAUAUUUCAUCGUCAACUUCCUUUCAAAAAGAGAAAUAAAGAUGGCCUCUCCUCAGUCUGCUAGUCCAUCUCUUACAGAGCAAUGCAUCCCUCUUGUGAAAGAUGAAGAGAGCCAAGGGAAGGAAGAGGUUGUGAAAGAUCAGCCUGCAAAAAAACGUGGCAGGGGGAGGCCUCCGAAAUCCAAACCCCUCUACAAAUGCUCUACCUGUACUGAAUCUUUUAAGAGUAUGUCAACGCUGCAGAGCCACAAGCUAUCAGCGCAUGUAAAGCAACGACAGCAGGAACACAUAUGUUCUGAGUGUACUAAAACAUUCUCAAGCAAGGCUCAACUUUCAAAGCAUGAGCGCACACACUCAUCUCAGCGCCCCUUUCAAUGUCCAGAUUGUCACAAGGCCUACAAGACAUCCACAGAAUUGCGCAAUCAUAGCCGCUCACACACUGGGGAAAAACCUUUUGUAUGCACAGAUUGCGGAAAGGCCUUCAUGCAGGCUAUAUGCCUUAGGAUCCAUAUGACGCAGCACAGCGGAGAGCGUCCUUACUCGUGCAGUCAGUGCUCCAAGAGCUACCCCACUUUAUCAAAACUGAAAGUGCAUGAGCGCUCUCACACUGGAGAGAAGCCAUACUUCUGUGCUGAGUGUGGUAAAAGUUUUGCUGAUCCCUCAGUGUUCCGAAAGCACAGAAGGAACCACCAGGGGCACCGGCCGUAUGCUUGUGACGAGUGUGGCAAAACUUACACAGAGCUGAAGGACCUGAAAAACCAUGAGCGCUCUCACACUGGAGAAAAGCCGUUCCUGUGCUCAGACUGUGGCAAAGCCUUCUCCCGUUCCUCCUCGUUGGCCUGCCAUCAGCGUAUACACUCUCAGAAUAAACCCUAUCAGUGCGAGCAGUGUGGGAAAGGCUUCACUCAGCUGUCCUCCUACCAGUCUCAUCUCCGCACUCACUCUGGUGAGAAGCCAUUCCUCUGUCCACAGUGUGGCAAGAUGUUUUCUGACCCCUCCAGUUUCCGUCGACACCAGCGCGCUCACAUGGGUUUCAAGCCGUAUCCGUGUGAUAAGUGUUCUAAGCGAUUCCGGCAGCCGGCUGACCUUGCUGUACAUGAACGUGUUCACUCUGGAGAGCGGCCUUACAAGUGCCAGAGCUGCGACAAGGCCUUUGUAGCAUCCUGGGAUUUGCGCCGCCACAUGCUUGUUCACACAGGUCUAAGGCCCUUCUCCUGCACAGAGUGUGACAAGUCAUUUGCUGAGCGCUCCAGCCUUAACAAGCAUCGGCGUGUGCACUCUGGAGAAAGGCCUUUCAAAUGUGAGGAGUGUCUGAAGUCAUUUGUGGUGUCCUCAAGCCUGCGCAAACAUGAAAGAACUCACCUAGCUGAACAUUCUGAGCCACAGCAGCAGCAGCAGCAGGAUACUGAGUCUGCAUCUGCCUCAGGCUUCACUGCCCACACAACUCUCCCUCAGUUCUCCUGUGCUCAUUGUGAUGCUACAUUUGGUACCUGGGACGAACUUCAGACUCAUGAAAAUCUGCAUUCCAUUGACUCUACUCCCUCAUCUGUUACCAAAAUAGUGCCACUGGGUUCACAUGUCUGUGAAACCUGCCAUGCAGAGUUUGCACAGCUGGCAGACUUGCAGGAGCACGAGAAGCAGCAUCCGAAGCCAAGGCCACAUGUCUGCAAUAACUGUGGCAAAAGCUUCCUUAACAAAUCAGGACUGCGUAAGCAUCAAAAGAUCCAUUCCAACAACAAAUCUCACAACUGCCCCCACUGUGGCAAAGCCUUCCUGUUUGCCGCCUACCUUCGCAAACACUUACGGACUCAUGCAGAUGCCGGACCACCUUCUACACAUGUCGGGGACCCAAACAUUAUUCAUACAGACCCGCUCCCCUCUCCUCCACCCGCCAGUGAGGUAUCUACCUCUACUGUUGAAACAAGCGCUAUAUCUCUAACAGUCCCAGUGACUGUACCUGUGACUGCUUUUCACACUCUUCCAGAGUACUUAGUCAAAGAAGAGGGACUGUAAAUAUUUUGUAGAUGUUUUGUAAGUUUAAUUCCACAGAAAACAAGUCAGUGGCCUUAAAUCAUUUUUAGAUGGUGAAUGGGUCUUCAUUCAGCUUCAUAAAAACUUACACUUAGAAAAAACUCACAUUUAUGUAAAUUGUUACUAUGUAGUCAGUGUGUUGUAUUGCUAUGAAAUUUGAGAAAUGUUAUGUAUGAUGUCAGUGUUUCAUAAUCUAUAUUAUACCAUAAUAUGUCAUGAAUUUAUCUAUCAUAACAAAACAGUAUUACAGUAUAUACUGCUCACUGUAAAAUCAAUAAAACCAACACAUUUGCUUGUAGAUAAAGGGUUAAAAAAAUCUGUUCUUAUUUUCAGCAGUCUCUAAAAGUAAUGGCUUUCUUUUCAUUUGCUUUGUUGAAGCAAAUAGCCUGUAUCUAUUUUACUGUGUCAUUAGUAUCCUGAUUGCAAUACAAGUUGUUUAGAUAAAUAAAAUAAAGGCUCUGUGGCAUUCCAAAAAAAUGACAGGAAUAACUAU